AUGGACCUGACGCUGAUGCUCUACGAUGAUAACCGAGGGAAAUUCAAGGAGCUGAUCGGGAGGGCAAAGAUAAAGAUCAAAAGUAUACUCCAGUCGGGGGAAUGUUGGGUGGAGAUGAAGAAGAAGAACGGGGAGAGCGUGUUGGGUCAGAACAAGAAAACGACGAGAGUGAAGAUCUCUGUGGACCAAUGGACGCAGAAGAAUCAUACAGCUCUCGAUCACAAUCAGAUCUCUCCUCUGGAGCUCACCAACUUUGUGCAAUUCCUCGAGGACGAGGAGUGGACGUUCCGGUUUCGAGUGACAAGGGUCGGCUACCUGUGCUGCAGAUUAUGGGAAGGGAUUGCUCCGGAUUGCUAUGUGGAGACGAUGUUUGUGAAUCAGGCCGGGAAGAGGCUGAGGGUCCCGAAGAACGAAGACAUUCAAACCCUCCAGCUCCUCCUCGCCUUCAAGUCUUCCUCCAUGCUGCGCCUUACCAAGUCCUCCGACUUGGGUCCAUCGAAACUCUUGAGGCAAGCAAGUGACAACAGAGCAGGUCUGACCAAGGCCAACCUGUUUCAAGUGUAUUUCGAGUCGAAGAGCAAACCAAAGAUCGAUCUUGACCUUCAUGCCUUUGAGAACGGGUUCCGUCUCCUUGACAACCACGGCGUGCCCAUCACCGUCACGCUGGAGACUAUCUUCACCAAGGCAGAGACCAGGUUCACGAGCUCCCGCGCGCGCCUCUCCAUCUCCCUCCGAGAGCACGGCGAGUUCCUGGACCAGCUCAAGGACCUCGAGGAGCAGAUCCAACGGCUGAGCCAACGGGAGUAUAAGGUGCAGGAGAUGCUGCAGGAGCUGGAGGAGGAUUCUUUGGUCCUGUCAUUCAACAAAGUCGCAGACAUGCUUCGCCCGGAUUCCAUGAACACAGAUGUCGCAGCGGGGUCGUCGCAGCGAGACAUUCUCCUUGCCAUGUCUGCCAGUCUCUUCUUUGUUCUCCUCUACUCUCUCUUUCCUCGCCCUUGA